GAUUGUUGUCCUUCACUAUAUCAAAUCAAGGCCAUCUGUCUAAAGAUUUUUGGUUGUGCAAAUCAGGCACGGGUGGAAAUUUUUUAUCUAUGAAUUUCUAUCCGCAGACAUUUACCUGUAGCUAUCAAACGUUACGUAAAUGGUUUUCCAUAAUUUUUUCCACCAUUCCCGUAUGGCGACGGAAGGUUGGCCUUGUGGUCGGUCUUGCUUCCCUUCAAAUAGAGUACUUAUUGCUGCAACAUAGUCCGAGUAUCCAAACAUAGAACAAUUCCUGAAAACUUUAACCCCACUUCAUGAUGGCACGCUCAAGUCUGGCCCUUGAAGGUUCGAAGUCCAUUCUGGUCUUUCCUCUUCAUCGUCAUCAUCGUCAUCUUCUUCUUCUUCUUCUACUUCUUCGGAUCGUUCGUCUUUCCUACUCUGCAACUUCAACCAACAGUAGUUUUGCUUUCCAAAACUUUCGCAAUGCUAACCAGCUGAUCCUAUCUGACUCUGCAAUCAUCACGAAAACGGGGGCUCUGCGUUUGACUAACAGCAGUACCCAAACCCCAAAUUUGGGCUACAUGGGCCACGCGUUCUACCCUGCGGCUCUUCAAUUCAAAACUGCUCCGGCUGGUAAUACCACCCAAUCUUUCAGUACUCGUUUCGUAUUUGAAAUCGUUUCUCAAGGCGCAGAAAGGGGUGGCCAUGGCCUUGCUUUUGUUAUAGCUCCUUCCACCAACCUCUCCAAUGCCAAAGGAAGCCACUACCUUGGCCUGUUCGAUGUGUCGGCCAUUGGAAACUCUUCCAACCAUAUAUUUGCAGUUGAAUUCGACACAGUUCGAGAACCACUUCUGCAAGACAUAGAUGAUAACCAUGUUGGUAUUGAUAUCAACAGCGUGAUCUCCAAUGCCUCGAGUACUGCAUCUUACCACACCGAUGACGGCAGGAACGAGACCAUCAUUUUAGACAGCAAAACGCUGAUCCAAGCAUGGAUAGACUAUGAUGGGCAAAUGAAUCUCCUCAAUGUGACCAUAGCUCCAUUACCUUCUCAUCCAGAGAAGCCCAAGCGGCCGUUGAUAUCAUAUGCUGUCGAUCUGUCCCCUGUUCUGAAUGAAUAUAUGUACGCAGGGUUCUCUGCCAGCACACAGAGACUCGCAAGCGAGCACUACGUCUUGGCAUGGAGCUUCAUGAUCAACGGACAAGCACCAGAAUUGGACUUAUCACAACUUCCCCGGGUACCUACGACAUCCACAUCUAUGUGGAAAUCUAGGUUCUUGCCAUAUGCUUCCAUACCAUUGUUUCUGCUUGUUUGGGUCGUGGCUGGCAUGUCUUGGUUAGUGUACAGGAGGAGGAAGCUAACAUAUGAGAAAAUAGAAGAGUGGGAGCUGGACUACCCACAUCGAUUGCCGUAUAAGGAAGUGUACAGAGCAACAGAAGGCUUCAACGAGAAGAAGCUAUUAGGUAAAGGAGGUUUUGGCAGCGUUUACAAAGGGGUGCUGCACAGAAAUGGGGUGGAGGUUGCCGUCAAGAGAGUCUCGCAUGGUGCAGAACAGGGGAUGAAGGAAUUUGUUGCAGAAGUAUCAACCUUGGGAAGGUUGAGGCACAAGAACCUUGUUCAAUUGCAGGGGUGGUGCAGGCGAGGCGAAGAACUACUCCUAGUCUAUGACCUCAUGCCAAAUGGGAGCCUUGAUAGUUAUCUUUUCGGGGACAAGAGGUGCCUCAGUUGGGGAGAAAGGUUCAAUAUUCUCAGAGGAAUUGCUUCCAGUCUGCUGUAUUUGCAUGAAGAAUGGGAGCAAAUUGUUGUGCAUAGAGAUGUGAAAGCAAGCAACGUUCUGCUGGAUGCUGCGAUGAACGGGAAGCUGGGUGAUUUUGGGCUUGCGAGGCUCUAUGAUUAUGGAACCAACCCUAAAACGACGCGUAUAGUUGGCACCAUAGGCUACCUGGCACCUGAGCUUUCUUCCACCUACAAGGCUACAACAAUCUCCGACGUUUUCUCCUACGGUGCUCUGCUUCUCGAAGUGGCCUGUGGGAGAAGACCCGUUGGUACAGGGAGAGCUAGUGGAGAGGUUCUUCUGGUGAACUUGGUGCUUUCCCUUUGGAAGGAAGGACGAAUAUUGAGUGCGGUGGAUAAGAGGCUUGGGAUGGACUACGUAGUGGAGGAAGCAGAGCUAGUGCUGAAACUUGGUGUGCACUGUUCGCAGGCUACACCGGAGGCAAGGCCGAGCAUGCGGCAAGUGGUUAAGUUUCUUAAUGGAGACUUGUCUCUAGAAGCGUUGGAACUCCAAAACCAGGUUAUCGAGGAUGAUCAAGACCUUCACCAACUUGGGCUACAUUUUUCUUCCUCUAGAACCAUAUCAUCAAAUACAGCUUCCUCAACUGAGCCCGGAACGAGGGGAAAGCUUGAUCAAGAUAAAUCAUCGCGUGGAUCAAUCUGGUGAAGUUUUCGAAGUGCCCAGAUGAAAACGCAGUUAUCAAAGUAAACAAACAGCGAAUUAUUCUUCCUUUACUGAUAGCAGAAUUAUCAUUUCUUGUAAGAAUGGGUUGAUCUGAUUCUUCUUUGUUAUGUUGUGCUCUGUUUUCUGUUUGUGUUGAUUCGUUUUAUCUUUCCAUUGUAUUUCGUGGAGAAUUAGAUAGCUUUUGUGGUCACGUGUG